AUGUCCCUCCCUUCGUCUUCCACCCCUUCCACCCCUCCUCGUCCAAAGUCCAAUCCAAUCCCCGUCCCAUCCCCUCUCCGCCCAACGUCGCCGUCGCCGCUCUCUGGCCAUUCCUCGGGCAUACUUUCACCGCGACAAGCAUCACAGACUAUCACCUCUCCAUCCACUCCUCCACCCGGCCUUGACCGCUCCAAAACGAGGGCGAGGGAUCUUUUAAGAAAACACUAUGGUUUGGGUGUAGGUCCUCCUCCACCUUCUGGUAGACCCAUGGAUCCCAUGGAUUUAGACUCGCCGGCAUUUGAAGCCAAGGCAUACUACGAGCAACUAAUAACAACCUCGUCGUUAACGACCUUGCUGAAAAAAGAGAAUGAGCUACUGGCAGACAUGCGGCAAUUGGACAGCGAACGACAGUCCUUGGUUUACAACCAUCACCACGAGCUCAUCGCUGCUACGGACACCAUAUCGGCAAUGAAAACCAGAGCCGAAUCACUCGAUGCUGAUCUCGACUUACUGAAGGUCGCGUUCUCGGAGAUCUCACGGUUGAGUGCCGAGGUUGCGAUAGAACAACCAUCCAGCUCAGCCCACCAUCCACCUCCGGGCAGUCCACGAUUGCACGAUUAA